AUGCCACUUGCUGGAGAUAACUUGGACCAAUUUGUGAUUAUUGACAACAGUAGUGACUACAGUAGUGACAACAGUAGUGACAACAGUAGUGACUACAGUAGUGACUACAGUAGUGACUACAGUAGUGACUACAGUAGUGACUACAGUAGUAACUACAGUAGUUACUACAGUAGUGACUACAGUAGUGACUACAGUAGUGACUACAGUAGUGACUACACUAGUGACUACAGUAGUGACUACAGUAGUGACUACAGUAGUGACUACAGUAGUGACUACAGUAGUGACUACAAUAGUGACUACAGUAGUGACUACAGUAGUGACUACAGUAGUGACUACAGUAAUGACUACAGUAGUGACUACAGUAGUGACUACAGUAGUGACUACAGUAAUGACUACAGUAGUGACUACAGUAGUGACUACAGUAGUGACUACAGUAGUGACAACAGUAGUGACUACAGUAGUGACUACAAUAGUGACUACAGAAGUGACAACAGUAGUGACUACAGUAGUGACUACAAUAGUGACUACAGAAGUGACUACAGUAGUUAG